CCUCUUUACGGAUAAUCGUUAUCUGCUUCUCACUAAACACGGAGAAGCGAGAGAGACAGAGCUCAAACACAACAAAAAUGGAGGGAAGCAUCUCGCCGCUUUGUCUACGUUCUUCGUCGAGUCUGUGUUACUUCUCCAGUAAUCUCUCACUAGAUUCUCACCGUUCGCUAGGAUUUACGUUUGCUGAUUCGCUCCGGCCGACGAACUUGGUAUCUCUGCGAACGGGAAACAGAAGGUUGUUUCUUUCUCCGACGAGAGGAGCUCUCCGUACGCCGACGCUUACCGCGGAGGAAGUGAAAGAUGUCCCGAUGCCGAAGAUAGAUAAGAGCGGUCGAUUAAGCAGUCCCCGCGCCGCACGCGAGCUCGCUCUUGUAACACUUUAUGCCGCUUGCUUAGAAGGCUCUGACCCAAUUCGUCUCUUUGAGAAGAGGAUCAAUGCAAGAAGAGAGCCUGGAUACGAGUUUGACAAGGCUUCUUUGUUGGAAUACAACCACAUGAGCUUUGGGGGACCUCCGGUUAAAACAGAGACUAGUGAAGAAGAAGAUGAGCUUGUGCGCCAUGAUGAGAACGAAUCGAAGAUUGAAGCAGAAGUGCUUUCAGCUCCCCCAAAUCUGGUCUACAGCAAACUUGUUUUACGGUUUGCAAAGAAACUCUUGGCUGCAGUGGCUGAAAAAUGGGAUAGUCAUGUCGUCGUCAUCGAGAAAAUUUCCCCUCCAGAUUGGAAGAGUGCACCAGCUGGAAGAAUACUAGAGUUUUCGAUUCUUCACUUAGCAAUGUCUGAAAUGGCAGUCCUUGAAACCCGACACCCUAUUGUCAUCAACGAGGCUGUUGAUCUUGCAAAACGGUUCUGUGAUGGAUCAGCACCACGCAUAAUCAACGGAUGUCUAAGGACAUUUGUCAAAGAUAGAUCAGCAGCAGCCACACCAACACCUCAAGCUUUAAAAUUGAAGCAAGAGGUGUCAGUUUAAAUUAGAACAAACCCGCAUGUACGUUUGGAGGCAGGCAGGCAAACCUCAGGUUUUUGUCGUCGUGAAUAGCUCGUAAGCAAAGUAUUGAUCCACUGAUCCUCACAGGCAGCUUCUGGUCCGAAGCAUUUGGUACCUGAGACUGAAUCUAUCUUAUCAAUUGCAGCUCAACAUGAUUAUUGCUAAAAACACAACAUUGCCCAAUGUCUGUAUAAUUUAUUUUGUCCUAAGAAAUAUAUAUUUUUAUGUAGUCGUUUUC